AUGUUCCUCUUUGGAGGGUCCAAAGCAUGGAACCCGACCGACUGGACAUCCAGCGACGACCGCGUACGCGGCGGUAGUUCUCAAUCAUACUUGACAUGCAGUAGCUCCUUGCCCACCGCCCGCUUCCACGGCACGCUCGACAUAAAGACCCUCGGAGGCGCCGGUUUCGCAAGCCAGCGGACCACGGGCGAAGACCGUUCCUGGGACCUUUCCGCUUAUGAUGGGAUCGAGCUUAACGUUGAGAAUGCUGACUCAAAACGGUAUACGUUCAUUCUCAAGGACAGGCUGCUACCAAAGAACCCUGAGAACGGCAGGGAGCAGUCUACUAUCUCCUACGAGUAUGAUUUCCAGCUCAAGAAGGAUAGGGAGGAUCAUAGUAGCAGUAGUAAUCGGACAAAGAUCCUGAUGCCAUGGGAUGAGUUGAAGGCUACCUACAGAGGCAAAGAGAAGCACGAUGCGGCGCCUCUAGAUACCAGUAACAUCAAACGCUUGAGCGUGAUGAUGAGGAGUUUCUUCGGGGAGCAGGAAGGCGAUUUCGCGCUCUCGAUCAGAUCGAUAGCGGCGGUUAAGAUACCAAAAUCAGACCAGCGUAGCUAUCCUGAGGGAAGCGCUCCGUCGGAAAAGGGGAUUAUGUCGCUUUGGUGGAGGGAUAGUCGACGGCAAGAGCAUGGUGUAAGUCCUGGGUCUAAGCUGUAG